UUUAGCCAUAAAAAUCGUUUCUCUAUUUUGUCUCCAUAUUUAUUAUAUAUUACUUGUAUAAUAUUUAAUUCAAUUACACCAAAUUCUAUACAAUGCUCUAAAAAUUGUAUAAGAGAGACAAGUUCAAGAUAUAGAAACCUUAUGCACUGAAUAUUAUUCUAUCAAUGGGCAACAUAAAGUUCCUAUGCACUUAUUGUAACACACCCUUUGCUAGCCGAGGCUCUAUAAACAGACACUUGAGAUGCCAACAUAAGGUAGAUCCUUAUCCAUAUAGAAAUCUACCUUUUGAAUGCAACGUUUGCAGAAAAAAGUUUUCUUGUAAAAAUUCUUUAAGAAGACAUCUUAACACGCUACAUAAACCAUAUGAAAGAGAGGAAAUAUUUAUAUCUGUAAUACCUCGCAGUGACUUUGUUUUAUCCUCAUCUUUUGAAGAUUUAGUUGAUAGCAUUUCUGACGAGUCAGAUGUUAUCCCAAAACCAGAUUGUGGCCGCCAACCCAAAUAUCAUAUCGCUGUUUCUUCAGAAUCCUAUCCAGUUUUACAUGAUCAUUCAUAUGACCAACAAUUAGAUAUACAUUUGCAAAUAAUUCAGGAUGAAAAGCCAAAAAAUACUGAAAAUAAAGAAACAGCUUUAAGUCUAUUUGAUCAUAACUAUUUCGAACAAUUGGAAAAUGAACACAAAGCAAUUGAGAAAGAAAACAUAUUAGACUCAGGUUUAUUAGAUCACAGCUAUACAGAAUUAAAAUGUGAUGAACCUGAAUUCAUUAGUGAAGAAAAUUCACAAGAUUUCUUUGAUCACACAUAUUUUAAGAAAUCAGAAGGUGAAGACCAGCAAAGACAAAUUGUUUCAGAAAAUCGAAGAAAUAUUCGCAAGCAACAAAUUAUAUGUCCAACUGAAGGUUGUGAAGCAAAAUUUCGCAGAUAUGAUAUGUUGAGAUAUCACUUAUUCUAUAAGCACGACAUUGAAGUUGAAGUAGAGCAACUGAUAUUUAAUACUUUUGAUGAUUUUCUCGAUUGGAAACAGAAUCUUCAACAAUAUUCACAUUCUUCAUAUAUAAAAAAUAGUGCGCCGCACCAUGGAACCAAUGGCAAUAUCACAAUUUUCUAUAAUUGUCAUAGAUCUUAUUUCUAUAAGGAAAAAGCAAAGGUUAGAAAAGCUAAGAAAUCUUGUAAAAUAGGAAAAGCUUGUCCAUCUAGAAUAACAGUGCGACAAAUUAAGGUUGAUGACCAGUUCCAGAUUAAAGUAGAUUAUUGGAGAACUCAUGUAGGACAUGAUCCUGAUAUUAAAAAAAAAUCUCAGAAGAAAAAUGUACAAAAUGAAUUAGCAGAAUCUAGCUAGUAUCUUCAACCAAGCAAUAGUAGACAAUUGAGAAAAGUAAAAUCAACAACUUACAAAAUACACUUUAAAUGAGAAAAUAAAAGAAAUUAAGAAGGAGCA